AUGUCCCUUGAAGACUCUCUAAGAUCUCUUUCUCUUGAUUACCUAAACCUCCUAAUCAACGGACAAGCCUUCAGCGACGUCGUUUUCAGCGUCGAGGGCCGAUUAGUCCACGCCCACAGAUGCAUCUUAGCAGCAAGGAGUCUCUUCUUCAGAAAAUUCUUCUGUGGCCCAGACCCGCCUUCCGGACUCGACCCGUCCGGCAACCGACUCAACUCAGCAACGAGGUCUGGUGUCAUACCGGUUAACUCAGUCGGUUACGAGGUUUUCUUGCUCAUGCUUCAGUUUCUCUACAGUGGUCAAGUUUCUAUUGUUCCUCAGAAACAUGAACCUAGGCCUAACUGCGGCGACCGUGGCUGUUGGCAUACGCAUUGUACGUCAGCCGUUGAUCUCGCUCUUGACACUCUCUCCGCCGCGAGAUACUUCGGCGUUGAACAGCUUGCAUUGCUCACUCAGAAACAACUUGCAAGCAUGGUGGAAAAAACUUCCAUUGAAGAUGUAAUGAAAGUGUUACUUGCAUCAAGAAAACAAGACAUGCACCAACUAUGGACAACAUGUUCCCACCUCGUGGCGAAAUCAGGUCUUCCACCGGAGGUGCUAGCGAAACACCUUCCUAUAGACAUCAUUGCAAAAAUCGAGGAGCUUCGAAUGAAAUCAUCCCUAUCACGCCGCUCCUUAAUCCCCCACCACCACCACCCUCACCAUCACCACGAUCAUCUCACCGCAGCAGCAGAUCUCGAAGACCAAAAGAUCCGUCGGAUGAGACGCGCCCUCGACUCCUCAGACGUUGAGCUAGUUAAACUCAUGGUAAUGGGAGAAGGACUCAACCUCGACGAAGCACUAGCAUUACCUUAUGCAGUUGAGAGUUGCAGUAGAGAAGUAGUGAAAGCCUUGUUAGAACUCGGUGCAGCUGAUGUUAAUUUCCCGGCUGGUCCAACCGGUAAAACCCCGCUCCACAUUGCGGCCGAAAUGGUCUCACCCGACAUGGUAGCUGUGCUGCUCGACCACCACGCCGACCCGAAUGUAAGAACAGUCGACGGUGUUACACCUUUAGACAUUCUCAGAACCCUAACCUCAGACUUUCUCUUCAAAGGAGCUGUCCCUGGAUUAACCCACAUAGAACCAAACAAACUAAGGCUGUGCUUGGAGCUUGUUCAAUCUGCAGCUCUUGUCAUGUCAAGAGAAGAAGGAAACAACAACAAUGCAAAUAACAACAAUACAGGCUCUUCAGGAACAAACAUGUACAAUCACAUGAAUGAAGAACAUCAUAGUCAUCACAACAACAACAGUAACAUGGAUUCAAGGUUGGUGUAUCUUAACCUUGGUGCUAAUACUCAAAUGAGUACUUCAAGAUUGGAUUCUGGUGAUGAAGAUCAUAAUAAUCAAAGGGAAGCUAUGAAUCCAUCCAUGUAUCAUCAUCAUCAUUCUCAUGACUACUAA